AUGGGCUCGGCGACUUGGGCCUAUGUCUUUGGUGACCAAACUAGCGAGUUUGACUCUGGGCUCCGACGCCUCAUCCAGGCAAAAAGCAACAGCCUUGUCACUUCUUUCCUAGAAAGAUGCUUCUAUGCUUUGCGCCACGAGGUCACCCAGCUUCCGCCAUCUGACCGUCGGAAGUUCCCUCGCUUCACCAGCAUUGUUAGUUUACUCUCGAGAUAUCGCGAAUCAGGCCCAAAUCCUGCACUUGAGAGUGCUUUGACUACUAUUUACCAACUGGCCUCUUUUAUCAGUCACUAUGGAGAUGGAGGCCAAGUCUACCCAGUAGGGUCAGAGAGCUAUGUUAUUGGACUGUGCACUGGUCUUCUUGCAUCUGCAGCCAUUGCCUCAUCAAGGACAAUUGGCGAGCUUAUUCCAGUUGCCGUCGAGGCAGUGGUCGUUGCCCUUAGGCUUGGGCUGUGUACCUUCAAAGUCCGUGAAUAUGUCGGCCAGUAUGACGGCAAAUCCCAAAGCUGGUCUGCUGUAAUCUCAGGCAUAAGCGAGGACAAGGCUCUCGAAAUUAUUGAACAAUUUUCUGUCAAGAACGGACUCUCCCCUUCAUCUCGCCCUUACGUUAGCGCCGUCAGCUACAACGGUCUGACCAUCAGUGCACCACCUCUUGUACUUGAAGAGCUCAUUAACUCUCAGUUGGAAAAGAUCGCCAAGCCACUCAGAGUACCAGUUCACGCACCUUUCCAUGCACCUCACCUCUAUGGGCAGGAUGACGUAGAAUGGGCACUGAAAACCUCAACAAGCGGUACUUACAAGGGCUAUACUUGCCGUAUACCAAUCCUCUCGAGCAAUAGCGGUCGUGAAAUUGUUGCUGAAAACUUCGAGGGCUUGCUGAAAGUUGCAGUAGAAGAGAUUCUCUUGAAACAGCUUUGCUGGGACAAAGUUCUCGAUGGCUACACUUCGGUUAUCAAAUGUUCCUCGGUUUCUAAGUGUACCAUUGUUCCCGUGGCGACCUCCGCUUCUUCUGGAAUUAUGUCUGCUUUGAAGCGCGCUGGAAUUUCAGAAGUCGUGUUGGAAAACGCUCUUGUGAGCUCGUCAAAUACUGAAAAUCACAAGAGCACCACUGGAAGGGCCGAACAGUCAAAAAUUGCCAUCAUCGGUCUUUCGGGAAGAUUUCCAGAAUCAGACAGCCCAGAAAAGUUUUGGGAUGUCCUAUACCAAGGCCUUGAUGUUCACAGAGAAGUUCCCCCUGAUCGGUGGAAUUGGAAGACUCAUGUCGAUGUGACUGGGAAGAAGCGAAACACCAGUCAAGUUCCCUAUGGCUGUUGGAUCAACGAGCCUGGCCUCUUCGACCCGCGAUUCUUCAACAUGUCGCCAAGAGAGGCACUUCAGGCAGACCCAGGCCAGCGACUGGCAUUGGUGACCGCCUAUGAAGCAUUGGAAAUGGCAGGUUUUGUACCCGACUCCACCCCUUCGACACAACGGGACCGCGUCGGCAUCUUCUACGGCAUGACUAGUGAUGAUUAUCGUGAGAUAAAUAGCGGUCAGGAUAUUGACACCUAUUUCAUCCCCGGCGGAAAUCGAGCUUUUACUCCUGGUCGAAUUAACUACCAUUUUAAGUUCAGUGGACCUAGUGUGAGCGUGGACACUGCUUGCUCAUCCAGUUUGGCGGCCAUCCAUAUGGCGUGCAAUUCAUUAUGGAAAAAUGACUGUGAUACUGCCAUUGCCGGAGGCACGAACGUCCUCACAAACCCUGACAACCAUGCUGGUCUCGACCGAGGUCACUUCCUUUCUCGUACUGGUAACUGCAAUACUUUCGACGAUGGAGCUGAUGGCUACUGUCGUGCGGAUGGUGUAGGUACCGUUGUACUCAAGCGGCUCGAAGAUGCCAUCGCCGACAACGAUCCCAUUCAGGCUGUAAUUGCAGGAGCUUAUACCAAUCACUCUGCCGAGGCAGUUUCAAUGACUCGUCCCCAUGCUGGAGCCCAGGCUUUCAUCUUUGACAAACUUCUCAAUGAAGCCAAUGUCCACCCUCACGAUGUUAGCUACAUUGAGAUGCACGGAACGGGCACACAAGCUGGAGAUGCAGUAGAGAUGAAAUCAGUGCUUGACACCUUUGCUUCUGAUUAUGGUCGCAAGCCCGAACAAACACUUUAUCUUGGAUCAGCAAAGUCGAACAUUGGCCACGGGGAAUCAGCAUCUGGUGUUUCUGCUUUGGUUAAAGUAUUGCUAAUGAUGCGCAAGAACACUAUUCCUCCACACUGUGGUAUCAAAACAAAGAUUAACCACAACUUCCCCACGGACUUUAAGGAACGAAACGUCCACAUCGCUUUCAAACCUACUCCAUGGGUUAAGCCAGCGUCGGGAUUGCGCAGAUGCUUUCUAAACAACUUUUCGGCUGCUGGCGGAAAUACUGCAUUGCUUUUGGAAGAUGGGCCAGCUGCUCAAGCCCAAGAUGCUAUCAAGGAUCCACGCUCGACGCACCUAAUUGCUGUUUCCGCCAGAUGUCAGAAUUCGCUCAAAACUAAUAUAAAUAACCUGGUGGAGUACAUCAGCAAGAACGCGCCAAACAUGAGCGAGGAUGGAUUUCUGGCCAAGCUGUCUUACACUACUACCGCUCGACGCAUUCAUCACCCUUUCCGGGUUAUGGUGUCUGGUGCAAAGAUUUCCGAUAUCCAAGAUUCUCUCCGUGCAGCAGCUAGUAGAGAGACCAUCAGCCCUGCGCCAGCUGUCGCCCCAGGUAUCGGUUUCGUUUUCACCGGACAGGGAGCUCAGUAUGCCGGCAUGAGUCAGCAAUUUUUCGAGAGCUUCUCAGAAUUCCGCUCUGAUAUUCUUCGUUUCAAUGGAAUUGCCCAGAGUCAGGGAUUCCCAUCCUUCCUCUCCUUGAUCGAUGGGAGUUCGCCAAUCGAAGAGUUGAGCCCAGUUAUUACACAGCUUGGAACAACGUGCAUGCAAAUGGCAUUGGCAAAUCUUUGGAUGUCCUGGGAAGCUCGUCCCACUUUAGUAAUGGGCCACAGUCUUGGCGAGUAUGCUGCUCUAUAUGUCUCCGGAGCCUUGACGGCGGUUGACACCAUUUACUUGUGUGGCCGCCGUGCUCAGCUUUUAGAAGAGAAAUGCAAAAUUGGAACUCAUGCCAUGUUGGCAGUGCGGUCUGCCUUGGGUGAAGUGACUCCUUUCCUUAACCCAGGAGUACAUGAAGUGGCUUGCAUUAAUGCUCCAGGAGAGACUGUCAUCAGUGCCACAAACCAGAAUAUUGAUGCUCUUUCUGAGCAGCUUGUUGCUGCGGGAAUCAAAGCAACGAAACUGAAAGUUCCUUUUGCAUUCCACUCUGCUCAGGUUGAGCCAAUUCUAGAGAAGCUCACCGACGCUGCUAACGGGGUGAAGUUCCGCAAACCUUCUAUUCCCCUCGUAUCUCCUCUUCUGGGGGAAGUUAUCAAUGAGGCCAACUAUGAGCAACUUGGUGGCAAGUACCUCAGUCGUCACUGUCGGGAGACAGUCAACUUUCUCGCAGCUAUCGAGGCUUCUCGACAUGCCAAGCUCACGACGGACAAGACCGUUUGGAUUGAAAUCGGUUCUCAUACUAUAUGUUCUGGUAUGAUCAAAUCUACUCUUGGCCCGCAGACAAACACCGUGGCUUCACUUCGCCGGAAUGAAGAUUCAUGGAAGGUGCUAUCUCAAAGCCUUACAUCUGUGUACUUGGCUGGAAUUGAAGUUCAAUGGAAAGAAUAUCACCAGGACUUCAAAAAUGGCCACGAGGUUCUUCACUUGCCUUCCUACAGCUGGGACAACAAGAACUACUGGCUGUAUUACAAGAAUGACUUCUGUCUAACCAAGGGCGACAACUCAGUACCUCAAAAUUCAAACACUCCUCGUUCCAACCUCACAAUUUCAGUGCAGAAGAUUAUUGAAAGUACUGGCGAUGCGACAAAAGCAAGUGUCAUCGCCGAAACUGACAUUUCCGAUCCCCUUUUGUGCCCUGUUAUUCAGGGCCACAAAGUGAACGGGACACCUCUUUGCCCCUCAUCUUUAUAUGCCGAUAUUGCCCAGACAUUGGGAGAGUAUCUCGUUGACAACUAUAAGCCCGAGCUUAAGGGUAUCGGAUUAGAUGUUGCCAACAUGGCUGUCCCCAAACCUUUGAUCUAUAAGAAUGCAGGGCCACAGCUUUUCCGUGCAGCUGCCACUGCAGAUUGGGAUGCGCGCCAGGUGUCAAUGCAGAUAUACUCUGUCACUCCGGAGGGAAAGAAGAUCACAGAUCACGCAAGUUGCGUUAUCAAGCUAUUUGACACUGAAGCGGCGCAAGAGGAAUGGAAGCGCUACACAUACCUUAUUCGCAGAAGUCUUGAUCAGCUGUUCGAAAGCGCUUCCAAGGGCGACAGCAAUAAGCUUGGUCCUGGAAUGGUAUACAAGCUAUUCGGGGCUCUAGUCGAGUAUGACAACAAUUACAAAUCAAUGCGAGAGGUCAUUUUGGACAGUGAACAAUAUGAAGCCACUGCUUUGGUAAAAUUCCAAGCCGAGGCAGCCAACUUCCACCGAAACCCAUUCUGGAUUGACAGCAUAGGGCAUAUUACUGGGUUUACUAUGAACGCAAACGACGCAACUGACUCGGCCAAUUAUGUCUAUGUUAACCAUGGCUGGGAUUCGAUGCGCUGUGCAAAGAAGUUCUCUGCUGAUGCAUCGUACCGCACCUACGUGAAAAUGCAACCCUGGCAAGGGACUAUCUAUUCCGGAGACGUCUAUGUCUUCGAAGGAGACGAAAUAAUAGCUGUAUACGGCGGUGUCAAGUUCCAAGGAGUACCGCGCAAGAUCCUCAACACUGUCCUUCCACCACCAAGCGGUGCACAGGCAGCUUCAAGGCCAUCAGCAAAGGCCCCUGUUCCUGCUCCUGUCAAUGUGUCAAAGGCGAAGCCCAUUGCCAAGGCAGUCAAGCCAAAGACAUCUGCUCCGAGUGUCCUCGUACAAGCUUUCAAGAUACUGGCCGAGGAAGUUGGAUUGUCCGAGGCAGAACUUUCGGACGACCUUGUUUUCGCCGACUAUGGCGUUGACUCCCUGCUUUCCUUGACUAUCACCGGCAAAUUCCGCGAAGAGCUCAGCAUUGACCUUGAAUCUAGCGUGUUCAUGGAUUGUCCCACUGUCAAAGACUUCAAGCAAAUGUUGUUGCAGACUGCAGCUCCCACCGAUAGCAGUGAAUCCUCUUCGGACUCCUCCGUAUUCGAUGACACUGGAUCGGCUUCGGAGCCACCUACUCCGGGAACUCCUGGAGACUUUUCUACACAAAUGAAGACUACUCCAUCCCAGGGAGAGGACAAAACGCUAUCUGCUAUCCGCCAAAUUUUGCUUGAGGAGAUCGGUAUUUCCGCUGACGAACUGACUGAGGAGGCCAAUCUCAAUGAGAUGGGCAUGGAUUCAUUGCUUUCUUUGACGGUACUUGGAAGACUACGUGAAUCACUUGGUCUAGAUCUACCAUCGGAAUUCUUUAUUGAAAAUCCAACCAUGGGCCAUGUCGAAGUCGCGCUUGACUUGAAGCCAAAAGCUCCCGCUCCACAGCCGCCUGCAGCAGUGUUGCCUUCGGCGCCAGAAUUGAAACCUGAGGUGUUGUCUUCUAAGCUCAGCCACCCUCCGGCCACGUCUAUUCUCCUGCAGGGUAGCCCUAAAACAGCUAGACACACGCUGUUUCUCUUCCCCGAUGGUUCUGGCUCGGCUACAUCAUAUGCGACGAUUCCCAAGAUCUCAUCAGACGUCUGUGUCUAUGGGUUGAACUGUCCGUAUAUGAAGACUCCAGAGAAGCUGAACUGCGCCCUUCAGGAUCUUACAGCCUCUUAUGUGGCCGAGAUGCGACGUCGUCAGCCCAAUGGCCCGUAUAACGUUGGCGGAUGGUCUGCAGGAGGUAUCUGCGCUUACGAUGCAGCUCGCCAGCUUGUUAUCGAGCAGGGUGAAACUGUAGAGAAACUCUUCCUUCUAGACUCGCCAUUCCCCAUCGGCCUCGAAAAGCUCCCUCCACGCCUGUACAAAUUCUUCGACGACAUGAAGAUUUUCGGCGAUGGCGAGAAGCCUCCACCGAAGUGGCUGCUACCGCAUUUCCUCGCUUUUAUAGACGCACUCGACAUGUACAAAGCGAUCCCAUUCCCAAGCACUGACCCGCAAUACGAAAGUCGUCUCCCCAAGACCUAUGUCAUCUGGGCCAAGGAUGGUGUUUGUGGUAAACCAGGAGAUCCACGUCCUGCACCACCUAAAGAUGGCAGUCGGGAUCCCAGGGAAAUGCUUUGGUUGCUUAACGACCGUACAGACUUUGGCCCCAAUGGCUGGGACACGUUGGUUGGCAAAAACAAGGUCGCUGUCAUUGAGUCCAUAUCGAAUGCCAAUCAUUUCACAAUGAUGGAUGGUGCUGGAGCACGGGGAUUGUCUGAUUUCAUCAAGAAUGCUUUUUAA